GCUGAUCCGGUGCAGGAGUCGCUGGUUAAAAAGGAAAAGAAAAGGCAGCCUGCGUUCCAAAGGGAAAAUGCAGCCUUUACAUAGCUGCCAGCAUGUCAGACCGUUUAAACAAAGAAAGAGUUUUGGUAAGUUGUUGCAGACGGAGCCUUUUACUAACCGACCAGACUCCAAUCCGGCUGCACAUUUAUUUGGAAAUAAGAUCAGCUGGAAUCAUGUUGGGGAUGGCACGGUGGGCUGUAGGAGCAGGGUGAAAUCUAGGUGUAUCAAGCCUAUGGGAUUCCAGCUACUGAUUUGGACUAGGCUACAGAUUGCACUCAAAAGCAAUGACAUAUGCUUCCGAGUGUGUUCAAGGUUGGGCAUGCAGAAAUACAGACAAUUGAUCCUUGCUUUUCUUCUGCAUAGCAACCCGAGUUGAAGAAGUUGCAGGCAUACGAGGGAAGUUCCCAACAAAAGUCCCAGUAAGUAUCUAUUCUGUUUCCUUUUCCUUUGCCAAUUACUGAUAAUUGCACAUUUUCAAAUUAUCGAGGAUUCUGUGCUUAUUUAGUCACUAGCAAGUCACACUGGGAGCAAUGGAUCUUCCUGCCCAGGAAGUGUGCUUAGAAUUGCCGUCCUAGUUUUUGAGUACUAUUGUGCAGCAUGCUCUAUUGCUACUUUGCUUUAAAAUCUGUUUCCUUCUUUCUUAAAAACAGGUUAUUGUUGAAAGGUACCAGAAAGAAAAGUACCUUCCCCUGCUAGACAAAACCAAGUUUCUUGUGCCUCAGGAGCUGACCAUGACUCAGUUUAUAACUAUCAUCAGGUAUGUAGCAAGGUCUUGAUAGGCUUCUAAUUUUGUUGACUCUCCCUGCUCCUCUGCCUGCUUCUUUUGUUAAUCUAUUUUUGCAGCAGGGCUUCUGAAAGAACUUGGAAACUAGGUGAUAAUAUGUACUAUAUUACUCAGCACAUUUCUGUGAUUUUUCCCCUCCAUGCUUUGAUGGGACUCAGAUCAUUUGAGUUCUCUUGCAAAUGAUUCCUUCUUGUUUGCACAAGGCUGUGGUAAGAAAUCUGUUAGAUUAAUGUCAUCUUCCCUACUGCCCACUCCCCCUUGCACACACACACACACACACACACACACACAAAAUUUUAAGAUAUAUUCUCAGUGUUUGUAUCAAUGGUGAUUAAAACACACACACAACAACAACAAGAAGAAGCUUGUAGUUCCCACAUUUUAAAAAUAAGAAAAUCUUUUAGCAAGGCUUCGGAUUAUUUAUUCUAAACCCAGAACUGCUGAUGAAACCUCUUGGAGACCAGGUUCCAAAGUGUUCUGCUAGUGUUUUGGGAAAAAACUGAUUACUUGUGACAUACUGCAAGGUAAAGGGACCCCUGACCAUUAGGUCCAGUCGCGGAUGACUCUGGGGUUGCGGCACCCAUCUCGCUUUAUUGGCCGAGGGAGCUUCCAGGUCAUGGGGCCAGCAUGACUAAGCCACUUCUGGCGAACCAGAGCAGUGCACGGAAACUCCGUUUACCUUCCCACCGGAGUGGUACCUAUUUAUCUACUUGCACUUUUGACGUGCUUUUGAACUGCUAGGUUGGCAGGAGCAGGGACCGAGCAACGGGAGCUCACCCCUUCGCGGGAAUUCGAACCACCGAACUUCUGAUCGGCAAGUCCUAGGCUCUGUGGUUUAACCCACAGCGCCACCCACGUUCCCUUAGACAUAUUGCAAGCUGCUUUUAAAUCCUCCCCAGUUUCGAAAACUGUUUGUUAUAAGGGGGGCGGGGCUGUUCAAGAACCAUAAUUACGGCACACAGAAUUAUUUGAGUAGUGCAUGUCUCUGUGUUUCAUCUGAGUCAUAGUAUUCCAAGCCUUCUCUGUCUGUAACCCUUCUGUCUUGGGAAUAUAAGGAGCCUGCUAUAGGAGACAACUCCUAGGGCUGUGGGGGUUUCGGCCCCCACAAUAAAAUAUUUGAAAGGGGUUGGGGGCCCCCAAGUUGAUGGCCAUUUUGAUUCAAAUAGUGAGUGUGUAUGUGGGCAGUGUAUCAUGUGAUCAAUUAUGCAGGGUGGGGCUUACCUGCCCCCCCCACAGUAUUCUAUUCAAGUUGGCACCCCUGGAGCCUGCAUUAGGAAGUCUAGCUAAUUAAGGUUAGCAGCAGUUGUCCAGGGCCACAGACUGCCCUCCCCAUCCCUCGCUGCACAAUAUCAUUUUUCCUGAGGUGCUUUGGCUCAAACCCAGACUGCGUCACAUUCAGCUCUUUUUACUCUGCUGUUUUGGAGCUUUUAGAGGUCCUUGGAGAGCUUCAGACAGGAGGUAGCAGUCUGUAAAUUUUGUGAGAGAGAGACCCAGAGCAGAUGUGACUCAUGCUUUCUAACUACUUGUGCAUUACAAAGAUCGUGGGCAUUCUGGAGCGGCACCUUUCCAGCUUGUUUCAGAAUCCAAGUGGAGAAAAGUAACGUCAGAAGUGGCCCUGAGCUACAGCCUCUCUGAAGUCAGCUUAGGAAAUGUGCUACGUUUCAGCAAUCUGCCCUUGGUCCUAAGCAAGCGGUCUGACCUCUCUGACUGAUACAGUUGUUUGCCUUCUCAGUUCACAACCUUUCCAAGGUGGAAUGAAAUACAGAGCAGAGUACUAGGAUUUUUCUAGGAUUUUUCUUGUAGGAUAGCUUUCCUAUCCUACAAUUCCUAUCCUACAAUACGUCAGUAGUAGCUUGUUUCCAUAUAGUUUGUUACUGUAUAUUCUUAAUAGUAGCUGAUGAAGUUGGCACGUAUCCAAUGUUCUGCCCCCCCCCAAGAAACAUUCCACUCACUGCCUUCUUUGUGUGAAAAUUAGUAUGUUAAAUUUUUCUGCAAUGCUUUUUUUUGGCCGGGGGGGGGGGGGGAGGAAGCAGAGCAGCGUCUGCUGGUUUCCCUAAAAACUACAUUUUUUAAAAAAAGACUAAAUGUGUGUGUUUAUAACACCCCCAUUGUUCUACCCGGACACUGAGGUCCAGCACCGAGGGCCUUCUGGCGGUUCCCUCACUGCGAGAAGCCAAGCUACAGGGAACCAGGCAGAGAGUCUUCUCAGUAGUGGCGCCCUCCCUGUGGAACGCCCUCCCACCAGAUGUCAAAGAGAACAAUAACUACCAGACUUUUAGAAGACAUCUGAAGGCAGCCCUGUUUAGGGAAGCUUUUAAUGUUUUACAGUAUUUUAAUAUUUUUUGGGAAGCCGCCCAGAGUGGCUGAGGAAGCCCAGCCAGAUGGGCAGGGUAUAAAUAAUAAAUUAUUAUUUAUUAUUAUUAUUAUAAAAUAUAUUUGUUUGUUUCAGUUAGACAGUGGGGAAGGAGUAACUUUGCACUACUCUGCUACCACCUAGAAAUGUCUCCUUUUUUCUGGUGUGUUCCUCUUGGAAGGCUAGGAAUUGUCAUAACUUUAGGUAUUUCCUUUACCACCUAAACCUUGCUUCUGCUGAUCUAGCUGUAGGAUAUAGAUAACCUGUGUAAGUAUUUGGAUCCGACACUUCUAUAAACCUCUGGAAACCAGCUAACUGUCCUACCACUAAUAAGCCUAGGUUCAAAUACUUGCUUAAACUAUGAAUCUUGGAACCAUUUCACAAAUCAGCCCUGUUCAGAUGCUACUAUCUCAGUCUAAUAAAUAAUCAUUGUACCUGCCUGCUAUCCCCUUUUCUUUCCCUCAUGUACCAUAAUUAAGCCAUAAUUAAAAAUCUUUUAGGGGUUUUUAAACCAAAGUUUCCUGUUGUAUUCAAACUGAGAAACUGUGGCUUUAAUCUUAUAAACCAGAAUUAGUUUCUGGUUCCAAACUACGGUUUAUAAUCUGACAUAGCUUGAAUGUAACUAGAAACUGUGCUUUAACAAACACUGAAAUCUGUCUAACAGCAGUGCAAGAGAGAAUGGAUAUAUAAAGGGGAAGAAAAAGUGCCUGCACAUUCCAGUAAACCAUGGUUUAUUAGACAAAUAUAAUUCUUUGCUUCUUGGGGGAAGGAUGGGAUACAAAUUUAUUAUACUUCAUCUUUGACUCUGCACCAAUGUUAUGUGCAUUCAAGCUAAACUGCUGACAAAAUGUAAAGAUCAGGAGUUACAGUAAGCAAAAACUUCCCCAAAAGUGAUGAGUUUAAAUUAGGGAGAGGAUUUUCUUUAAUGGAUUUUGUUUGUUCCAUCUUGUAUCACUUGUGGGUGUGUAUUAAAGGACAUCUAGCUACCAGUUUCUGUAGCUGAGGUCAGUGCUGCAGAUGACCCACUCAAUCCAUAACUUGAUGGACCCUAGGAAAACUGUCACAUAAACAUGUCUCUUGGAAUAAUUUGAACUAUAUAUGCUUCACAACAAUGUAGGCCUCUAUAAAUCAACCUGUUUACUAUUUCACUUGGCCUUUAUGAAUAUCUAAAUGUCCCAAAACUUGUCUGAAUGGUCACUGAUGUGCACAACUGGGUGCAUGAUGGUUGAUUCCCCCUUCCCAAUUCCUAAUGGAUUGUCUUAAAUAUCUAUUUAAGGGGAAUUUGUUUAAAGUUUGCUUACCACCAGCCACCCUAUACGUGGAGUAAAAGUAGCACCCCAGUUUCAGUGCCAAAACUUACACAAGCUGUAAAAAUUUCUCCAAAAUGCCAGAUUCUGGGUUCCUCACCCUUGCUGGGUCAUCUUGAUGGACUGGAGGAAUUCACCCACCUGUCAAUCACCCAGUGUCACUGGGAUGUUAUACAGCCCACUUUUCUUCUGUAGGUGUGAAAACAGUGUAAACUUCCCUUGAGUCAAGCCUGCCAAUAAUAAAUGAGCCCAGUUAUAAAGUAUUCUCAAGGGUACAAAAUCACUGAGUACAUCGUCCUGGAUUAGGAUUGUAUUGGCAUAGCAUGAAACAACUGGCACAUUUUAGACUUUCCCUCUCUUUUCUUUGUUAACCCAGAAGCAGAAUGGCGCUGAGUUCUACGCAAGCUUUCUAUAUGCUGGUAAACAACAAGAGUUUAGCAAGCAUGUCUCUAACGCUGGCAGAAGUCUACCAGGAUUACAAAGAUGAAGAUGGGUUUGUGUACAUGACUUAUGCUUCCCAAGAGAUGUUUGGAGGCCUCUUAGCUGCUGGCAAGGGGAAAUGUAAGGAAUGUCUCCAGAAAACAUAAGUGUUCUCUCGGGUAACAGCUAUGUGGCUAGACAGCUCAACUGUGAAUCAUGCGAGCUACCUGAAAAUGAAAGGUGCUGUCUCUAAAUGUGGGCUCCUCUCGAAGGAUUCAUGGUCCAGGAGUUGGCAGGACCCGACCAAAGAACCACAUGAUGGAACAAGCCAUCCUAAAUGAGUGACACGGACAAGUACUUUGUAUUUCGCUCCUUUCCUGCCCAAAAACAGGUAGCAGGGGAUGCACUUCAGUGUUUAAAAUAAUAAUAAUAAACGAUGUAACUGCUUUUAAAGGUGGUGUUAAAACCACCACUGGAAUACUUGCUUGCUUCCAGUUGUGGUUGCAUCUCUGGUCCAAAAACAGGUAACUGUGGUCAGUUUUUAAAUCCGUACAAAUCUAUGGCUAUGUCAUCAUCAUCUUCGAGGGGACACACACACCAAAGGAAGAAGCACACAAGUGCAGAGAAUGCCCCCACUGGGUAAGACCAGUGAAAAAUAAAGGGAUUUUAAAAACCAGGUCACAUGGUCUGAGCAGGAAUGAUCUGCUUAGCAGCUAAGAAUAAUGUAUGCACUAAAGAUUUUACUAACUGUUUCAGAGUUACUGUAGCACUCUUUUGAUUCUAAUCAGUGGUGUUGAGCACUGCAAAACACAGAGCCAUAGCUGGCUUUUCUAUGCCCCUGCUCUUGUCUACAUAUACCUCCAGGAGGAAUACCCCUAAGGAUGGAUUUACAUGAUACUACACACACACAAAUUCAUGUGGGAGUGAGUUUUAUUGAAAGGGCUGAGGCAAUGGCAUGUAAUGGGCCUCUUUCAGGCAGCACUGCUGCACAUGGAUCCCACUGCGCAGUACUUAUAAAAAAAAUCAGGAGUUGGUAGGGUGAAAUAGAGCUCUGGCUAGGUAGGGAGUUCCGGAGCACAGCUCUCCAAAUGGAGAUAUGAUCAGUAUGUGAAUAUUUAUUGUGCCAUCUUGUGGCUGUUUAAAUUGAGGGGUGGGGAACAGGCGUUUUAACUAACAUUGGAGCUGAGGCAGCAAUCCUUGAAGCUCCAACAGUAGUUUUAUCAUGAGGCUGUGUUCUUGCCUUUUGAACUCUGCUGAGCUUUCUAUAUUUGGGUUUAAGAUAAGAUUGCUGCAUAAAAAGGGCACCCUGUUAAAAACAUGACUCCCGUCCGUAGCUCACAAAGUGCAAGGCAAUUAGAAGCUCCUUGGUCCUUAAACCUUGUUGCUAAACUUAACUGCCUGAGCCUCUUGUGUCAAUGUCAUGUUUAAGAUGGCCGCCUGUAUUUCAAGGGAACUUAGCUGACUUGGGGACUCUCUUGAGUUGACAGGUCCUAGUCUCGCAUAAACCAGAUGUCUUUAGAAGGGGUGCAUCACAGACUAUCAGAGUAAAGAGACCAGGGAUGGGGAACGUGCAGCCCCUCCCAUAUGACGUUGGACUCCCAUAAUUUCUGACUAUUGAUCAAUGGGAGUCAAAUCACAUCAGUUGGUUCACAGGCCCCCAUGGCUCAAACAGUAUUUUAAAUAGGUAUUCACUGCAAUGUGGACACAAAUUCCUCCUAUAUAUGGCACACAACUUGGUUUAAUGGACCGCUAGCUCUAAGAACCAGGAAAGGGCCUGGAUUCUGUAUACAGUGUCACUACGUUAAGUGGCACUGAAUUAUCACUAGUUAUGUAAAUAAAGAAAUAUAUAUAUUGCAGUAUAUCUGUUAGCUUUUUUCAAAAUAAAUAUGGAUUUAUUUAGACUUGUUGAAGUGGAAUUGCAACCCCAUCUUAAGAUCAGUUUUCAUCUACCAGUUACAUAUCUCAAAAGCGGUUCUCUGUUGGCAUCCUUGAUGUAUGAGUCGUCCUUUAUUUGUUUGUUUUAAGAAGCUGCUGUGCUGGCCUACCAGCGUUCCUGUUUGAAAAGAGAACCUUGGCAAAUGUUAAGAGUAUGUGCUGUCUAGUCUCCAUUUUAUGAUUCUGCCUGCAGCUGGUGUGUGUACUUGUACUGUAUGUACUUUGUUGAAAGCCAUUUUUUAAGGGGGGUGGGACUUAAAAACAAACAAACCAACGGAGUUUUUGCCAUCACAAAGCUUAAGGCAACACCACCUGUUUAGCAACAGCAGCAUUCUUGUGUCUUUUCCGAUGUCACUGCUGGCCAGGGGCAGAAGAAGGGGCGGGGGGGCGGGGUGACCUGGGUGUCACCACUGAGGGGACUGACAAAAUGCCAGGUGGCACUCACCGCGAGGCCUGCAGCACGCCCGAGCUAUGUGUCUCUCCUGGGAGUGAUGCAGUGGCUUGGGCGCCCGCAGGCUCGGUGCUACCCCAAACGGUCCGCCCACUGCCUUCCCCCCAGCUGUAGGGCGGCUGAGCAGGAGGAGGCAGGCAGACUCCUCGGAGACCCUGCGGAGUGUCCUGCCCCGGUUGACCCUGUGGGCGGCUGGCCCCACACCAAGGCGCAGGUCACAUGCUCCGCCCCAGGCGCCCGAUUGGCUUGCUCCACCGCUUCUGCCGGCAUGUAAAAAGAUGAAGAGUCAGAGUAGCUGGAAUGGAUGGUAGUUUUCAAAUAGCUCCUGCAGGAGGCUUCUCACUUUCCAGCCAUCUGCUUCUUGAUAUCCUUAAAUGGACUUAAAUGGACAUGCUAAGCAUUUUAAACUCUGGAGUAGUUACCUUACUCCUCUAAAGUACAGUGGUACCUCGGGUUAAGAACUUAAUUCGUUCUGGAGGUCCGUUCUUAACCUGAAACUGUUCUUAACCUGAGGUAACACUUUAGCUAAUGGGGCCUCCCGCUGCCACCGCACGAUUUCUGUUCUCAUCCUGAAGCAAAGUUCUUAACCUGAGGUACUAUUUCUGGGUUAGCGGAAUCUGUAACCUGAAGCGUCAGUAACCCAAGGUACCACUGUAAAGGGUUGAAACAAUGGUGAUGUCACUAUGGGAAGGAUGGACUGAAGGAGAAUUAAAGCAACAUGCCUAAACAUCUCUCGUCUCUAA